AUUCAUCAUACUCUAUAAAUUAACAUGUUCCCAAUAUCUGUGUGUGUGCUUCUCUUCAUUUUCCAACAACUCCAACACUACUAAACACUGUGAUUUUAUUUUCAUUCAUCAAUGGCUCCAGCAGCAGCAAUUUCUGAAUCUAUUAAACCAAGAGAUGUUUGCAUUGUUGGUGUUGCAAGGACACCUAUGGGAGGAUUUCAUGGUGCUCUUUCAUCUAUACCUGCUACCAAGCUAGGUUCUAUAGCCAUUGAAGCUGCUCUUAAAAGAGCAAAAGUUGAUCCAUCACUUGUUCAAGAAGUGUAUUUUGGGAAUGUUCUUAGUGCUAAUUUAGGCCAAGCUCCUGCUAGACAAGCUGCUCUUGGAGCUGGAAUUCCCAAUACUGUUGUGUGCACUACAAUCAACAAACUUUGUGCAUCAGGACUUAAAGCUACGAUUCUUGCUGUUCAGAGUAUUCAAUUAGGCAUAAAUGAUAUUGUUGUUGGUGGUGGCAUGGACAAUAUGUCUAAUGUACCGAAAUAUUUACCAAAUGCAAGACACGGAUCCCGUCUUGGACACGAGACAGUCAUUGAUCCGAUUUUGAAAGACGGUUUGUUGGAUGUGUAUAAUCAAAUUGACAUGGGAGAUUGUGCUGAAAUUAUUGCUGAAAAGUAUGGAUUAACAAGAGAAGAACAGGAUAACUCAGCAAUUUUGAGCUAUGAGCGUGCAAUUGCUGCACAGAAAAGUGGUGCUUUUAAAUGGGAAAUGGUCCCAGUUGAAGUGCCGGGUGGAAAGGGAAAACCAUCAGUUAUUGUCGAUAAAGAUGAAAGUCUAGAGAAAUAUGAUCCUGUAAAGUUACGCAAACUCCCAACCGUUUUUAAGGAGAACGGAGGAACUGUUACUGCUGGUAAUGCUUCGAGCAUGAGUGAUGGUGCUGCUGCAUUAGUUUUGGUGAGUGGAGAGAUUGCAUUGAAGCUUGGUCUUCAAGUUAUUGCAAAAAUCAGAGGAUAUGCUGAUGCUGCUCAGGCACCAGAGUUAUUUCCAACAGCACCAAGUCUUGCCAUUCCUAAAGCUAUUUCCAAUGCUGGGUUGGAUGCUUCAGAAAUUGAUUUCUAUGAUAUUAAUGAAGCCUUUUCGGUUGUGACUCUUUCAAAUCAGAAACUUCUUGGACUUGACUCAGAGAAAGUAAAUUUGCAUGGUGGAGCUGUAUCUUUGGGUCAUCCUCUUGGUUGCAGUGGUGCUCGUGUGCUAGUGACACUUUUAGGGGUGCUAAAGCUUAAAAAUGGGAAAUAUGGAGUUGGUGCAGCUUGCAAUGGAGGUGGUGGUGCAUCUGCUAUGGUUUUGGAGCUUGUUUAAGACUCUGAGGCCAAUGAGGGUGAAAAAUUGGGAUUACAGGGGGGAAAUGAUGAAGGGACGACAGAAAAUAAGUGUUUAAUUAGGUAGUGAUUAUUAAAUUUACCUAUAAAAUUAUCCAUCAUGAAUUGUAUUGUUUCUGUAAUAAGUUGUUGUUGUACCUUGUGAUGAUGUUUGAAUAAUGAAAUCUAGUAUUUCAAAUACAAA